AUAACGUAAAAAAUGAAAAUUUUGCCACCCAACAAAGCAUUGAAAGCAAAGUCACCACUCCUGAAUCUCUUUUGCCACCCAGACUAAGAAAUGGCCUAAACAACAAGAGUACAGCAACACAAUCUCACCCCUCUUUCUAGAAAACCCUGUUCCUCACAGCAUAGUCCUCAUAACCCUCAACUCAAACACAUCACUUUGAAUCUUCAUUGAAUCUUUUUUUCUUGUUCUCCUUCCUCUGGAGUUAUGAGUUUGAACCAGUUUCUUUAAACUAAACAUCUUUUGAAUCUGAAGUUACCCAAUACUUGCCUUUCAAGUUUGUUCAGUUCCCAAUAUUGGUCCUAUGUUGGGGUAUUUAAUUUUGGGGUGACAGAGAUCCUGGCUCGGGAACAGUUUGCAGAAGAGGAGUAAAAGAAAGCAGAAAGAACAGGUUUGCAUUUAAGUCCCUGCAGGUGAAAUCUGAGGUGUAGUUUUGAUUCUGUGAGUUACAAUUACAAUAUAGGUAGGUUACUUGUAAAGAGACUUAACAUUGACUUAUUGUGAAGUUUCCUCCACCUUUUGCACCUUAAAAAACAUUGUUCCUUUCUGAAGAGGGUGUAAUCAGAUCUGAGCCUGUUAUCUAGAGGUGGGUCCCAAUUCCCCUAACCGAACCAUUGUCAAUUUGCCAUGUAUCACAUGUUACUUAUAUAGCUCCCAAAUCAAAAUCUUUGGCAUUGGGUGUGGAUUGAUGCCGAUUAAGAUAAGCAUCUUUGUUUGAAAACCAUGUUUUAUCCUGCAGAAAACAUGGACGCUUUUGUGCUUAUAUGCUAAAUAUACUUGUUAAGAAGGUGGCUCUGGUUCCGCUGCCGAAUCAUUGUAUUCUCUUCUUAUCUUGCAAAGAUUUGUGGGGUUCUUGGAGAUUUGUGUUUAAACUCAUCUGCAGGAACUGAACACAGGUAGAGAUCUUGGUUUUCCCUUGAAGUGAAGGGGUUUUAAAGUUUGAUUCUGGUUUAGCGGUAUCACGCAAGAGUAUGAGGAAAAAUGCAGGUUCUCAUUCAGGAAGGAUGUUUAGUGACAGGAAGUGGAUUCUCCCUUUUUUUGCAAGUUUGAUUAUAUCUAUGAGUCUGGUUCUAACAGCUAUUUUUGGGGCACUUAGUUCUGAUAGUGGGGGAGAGCAAUCACCGUUUGAAAUCAUUUCUUUCAAGAGAUCAGAGAAUUCCAAUGGAUAUUUUGUUGAAUCAGACAUAGAAAGGGCUUCUAAUGUUAGUGUGGUGAAAAGGGAGGCACCAAGGUUUGCCUACCUUAUAUCAGGCACAAAGGGUGAUAGUCAUAGGAUGAUGAGGACAUUAGAGGCAGUGUACCACCCAAGGAAUCAAUACAUCUUGCAUUUAGAUCUUGAGGCACCGCCCCGUGAAAGAUUGGAAUUGGCGAAUGCAGUGAAAGCUGAUCCAGUUUUUCGUGAGGUGGAGAAUGUGCGUGUUAUGUCUCAAUCCAAUUUGGUAACUUAUAAGGGUCCUACGAUGAUUGCUUGCACCCUCCAAGCUAUUGCAAUUCUAUUGAAGGAAAGUUCAGAAUGGGACUGGUUUAUUAACCUCAGUGCUUCAGAUUAUCCUCUUAUGACACAGGAUGAUUUGCUUUAUGUUUUCUCGAAUCUGUCAAGAAAUCUCAAUUUCAUUGAGCAUACACGCAUUGCUGGUUGGAAAUUGAACCAAAGAGCAAGACCCAUCAUUAUUGAUCCUGCCCUUUACUUAUCAAAGAAAUCUGAUUUAGCAUUGACCACUCAACGAAGAACCCUUCCCACGUCUUUUAAACUGUUUACUGGUUCAGCUUGGGUUGUACUGACUCGGUCCUUUGUGGAGUACUGUAUAUGGGGAUGGGAUAACUUUCCACGGACUAUGCUAAUGUACUAUACAAAUUUUGUGUCCUCUCCAGAGGGAUACUUUCACACUGUCAUUUGUAACACUGAGGAAUUCCAUCACACCGCGAUAAGCCAUGAUCUUCACUACAUUGCUUGGGACACUCCCCCAAAGCAGCACCCCAUCUCCUUAACCAUGAAGGACUUUGACAAAAUGGUUAAAAGCAAGGCACUUUUUGCACGAAAAUUUGCUAAGGAUGAUCCAGUUCUGGACAAGAUCGACAAGGAACUUCUGGGGCGCACCCACAGAUUUUCACCUGGGGCUUGGUGUGUUGGAACCUCAGAAGGUGGGGCUGACCCUUGUUCUGUUCGUGGCAAUGGUACAAUGUUUAGGCCAGGCCCUGGUGCUGAUAGGCUGAGUGAGCUGCUUCAGGGGCUGUUAUCUAAAGAAUCUCUAAGCAAGCAGUGUUUGUGACAAAGGGGUACCCUAGCCCAAUUAGGAUGAAUGAUGUCAAGUGUACAUAAGUGUUGCUAUAGAUCAUAUAUAUCUGAUGUAAAAGGUCCAAAUUUUGUGCUCAAUAUAGGUUCAUAUUCACAAUCAACAAGCACUCACACUACCAGUUUUGAUGCUUGUUUCGGCCUAAACACGCUUUUGGUUGCUGUUUCAACCAACCAUUUAUGCAAUUACAACACUUCUUUGUCGAGUUACAAAAAGGCAAUUAAAUUCACAUUGGACUUUCGGGCACUUAUCUAUUUUGCUAUGGAUAAAUAUUCAAGCAGCAUCACUUACAUUUUGUACAAUUUAAUGUAAGCAUGUGUUAAGAUCUUUAGAUAAGAUAGAAAUGCACUAUAAAAGCUAACUCAUGAGGUUUUGUUAUGUUCCACUCGUAUGCACUUUUUAUACUGCAAUAUACUUAGUAAUGUGGAA